GAGGUUGUGACAGUGAGGAUGUGUUCUGAGCCCCAGGCACUGCAGAAGUGUGAAGAUGGAGUCCUGACCUCAGGUGGUUCUUCCACCUUAUAAUCCUCACCCUAUUCACUGUCGUCUGUUUCCGUUGGUGUAGGAGUGAGAGACGUGGAGGCUGUGAUUCGCGGGCUGGGCCCGUGAGAGAACCUAUGGCAGAGAGACAGCACAGUGCAGGUUCCUUUGUAUGACUCUACCAUGGACCACAUCAUCUGCUGCCUGCUGGUCCUGGGAGCCACAGUGAUGAUCACCCAUGCAUGCCCCAAGUACUGUGUAUGCCAGAAUUUGUCCGAGUCCCUGGGGACCUUGUGUCCCUCCAAAGGCCUUCUUUUUGUGCCUCCGGACAUUGAUCGCAGCACGGUGGAGCUCCGUCUAGGAGGCAAUUACAUCCUACGCGUUACGCAGCAGGAUUUUGCCAAUAUGACCGACCUGGUGGACUUGACCCUCUCCAGGAACACCAUCAGCUACAUUCAGCCCUUUUCCUUUGGGGACUUGGAAACACUUCGCUCACUUCAUCUGGACAACAACCGCUUGAUUGAGCUGGGCCCUGAUGACUUGCGAGGCUUGGUCAACCUGCAGCACCUCAUUGUUAACAACAACCAACUGGGACGCAUCCAUGACAAGGCCUUUGAAGACCUGGCACCUGCCUUGGAAGAUCUAGAUCUCUCUUACAACAACCUGAUGUCUCUGCCCUGGGACUCAGUCCGCCAAAUGAUUAACCUGCACCAGCUAAGUCUGGACCACAAUCUGUUGGACUUUAUUCCAGAGGGCACCUUCACUGACCUGGAAAGGCUGGCGAGAUUGGACCUGACCUCAAAUCGCUUGCAGAAGCUACCCCCAGACCCCAUCUUUGCCCGCGCCCAGGACUCCAUGAUCCUGACUACACCCUAUGCUCCUCAGCUGUCCCUAAGCCUAGGCGGAAACCCACUGCACUGCAACUGUGAGAUGCUGUGGUUGCGGAGGCUUGAGAGAGAUGAUGACCUAGAGACUUGUGCCUCCCCUCCUGGCCUGAAGGGUCGUUACUUUUGGAAUGUGAAGGAGGAGGAGUUUGUGUGUCAGCCACCGCUCAUUACCCAGCACACCCACAGAAUGCUGGUCUUGGAGGGCCAGACAGCCAGCCUAAGGUGCGAAGCAACUGGAGACCCUUCUCCUACCAUCCACUGGAUCUCCCCUGAUGAUCGGCUGAUUGGCAACUCCUCCCGAACCGCUGUCUAUGGCAACGGAACCCUCAGCAUAACCAUCACCACCUCCAAGGACUACGGCACCUUCACCUGUAUUGCUGCAAACGUGGCCGGGGAGUCCACCGCCUCCGUGGAGGUGUCCAUUGUCCAGCUACCCCACCUCAGCAACGGCACUGGGCAGCCAGCACCGCCGAAGUCCCGCCUCUCUGAUAUCACAGGGACCACCAGGAUAAGCAAAGGGGCUCCGAAGAGCCAACCAGAGAGGAUUGUGUCUGUCUCUGAGGUGACAGCUGUUUCAGCGCUAGUCAAGUGGACAGUGAGCAAGUCAGCCCCCAAGGUGAAAAUGUACCAGCUCCAGUACAACUGCUCUGAUGAUGAAGUUCUCAUCUACAGGAUGAUCCCGGCCUCCAGCAAAGCUUUCUUGGUGACAAAUCUGGUGUCGGGGACCCGCUAUGAUCUGUGUGUGCUGGCUGCCUGGGAUGACACCGCCACCACUCUCACGGCCACCAAUGUCGUAGGCUGCACCCAUUUCUUCACCCAGGACGACUACCCUCAGUGCCAGUCUCUGCCCAGCCAGCUGCUGGGGGGCACCAUGAUCCUGGUGGUGGGGGGCAUCAUAGUGGCCACUCUGCUCGUGUUCAUCGUCAUCCUGAUGGUGCGCUACAAGGCUGCAGACACUGAACCCCCGGUGGGGAAGCUGACCAGCGUCAGCGACACACAUUCUCAGACCAACGGGGGUCGACUCGGUCAAAAUGGACUUCUUAUGCCCCAGUCUCAGUCUCAACCUCAGCCUGAGCCAAAGGUCAAGGCCAAAGUGACUCUGCAGGAUGAGGUGGUGGAGUUCAAGUGUGGCUCCCUCCAGAGCAGCCUCACCUCUUCCUCCUCUUCCUCGGGCUCCAUGGCUGGUGGCUCGUACAGCCCCAACAACACACUUGCCAACAUUUGGAGGUCAGCUCCCUCCAAGCCCCGGUCCAACCUAGACCACCUCCUUGGGGCCUUCACCUCACUGGAGCUACGGGGGACGCAGGGCUGUGACCCGGGGUCCUCCAGUAGCACAGCAGCAAAACCCCACACAGACAGGGAGCCGCUUCUAGGCCGGACGCUGGACUCCAGACUCAGCCGGCUCCUCAUGCUACCUCUGGACUCUAUGCCAAAAAGGAGCCAGUCCUUCGACAUGGGAGACAUGACAGGUGCUGGAGCCGCUCAGCUGUGUAACAGACCGCGCAGGAUCAGCAGUAUCUGGACUAAGAGGAGCCUGUCUGUGAAUGGCAUGCUGCUGCAGUGCGAGGAGGAGGGGGACACGGGAGGGAGCAAGGGGACAAUAGACAGUGCUGACUGGGUGAUGGAGAGUACUGUCUAGGGAAGAUGGAGGACCGUCUCACUGUCAAACACUGCCCAAAUGGACGGCUGAAAACCAUGCCAAGACAGACCUGCUGGUCUAAGAGCCUUUGUCCUGCAUGAAGCACACUCAUUUUCAUCCCUUCCACUCCUCAAGUGAGACAGGACGAGGGGUUUUCACAGUCAUAGCCAAAUACAAACUCUAGGAAUAAGACCUUUUGCCUCACCCGUUGUACAAAGAUGGAUUAAAAUGGCUGAUCAGCUGAAGGGAAAUGACAAAACAGUGCUGUCUGUUUCAGAAAUGUCCAUGGACUGCUAUUAUACCGUAUAAAUUUAAAGUAUGUAAUGAAUUUUUUUAUUUUUUAUUUUGCUGGUCAAACACAAAUGAUCCAUUACUGGUCUCUGCCUUGCACAGAAGCAGGGUGUGACCAGCGGUUACACUACAAAAUCUUCUAUUGUAAAUUCAUUCAUUUCAGUUACCUACUGAUGCAGUUUAACCUUCUCCGACUGAAUGGUGCAGUAUGUAUAUGUAGAUGUGAUACUUUGAUUCAUUAAGAUUUAAGAAAAAGAUUUAUUGAAAAAGUUGUAUGUGAAUAUAUUUAGUUUCUAUACAGAGUGUAUAUUUGACGGGGUCAAUAAUUCUGUAUGCUAAUCAUAUCAAAUCUUAUGUGACUGCAUAGAUUAUAAAACCCAUCAUCUCCUAAACGGUGGCUAUACUGUUUGUGAAGACUCGGUUACUUGUUUGAAAAAUGCCAAAUUAAUGAGGAGGGAACUGGUGCAAUGGAUAGGAUGUUCAAAUACAAUUAGGCCUGUUUAGUUUGUGUACAUUAGAUUUGUUAGGUCCAGUAGCAAAAUGAAUGUUUUUAGAGGUUUUAAUGUUAUGAAUUUAAAACAUUAAAACCCUUUUUGUUACAGCACCCAAAAAACAAACAUUUCUCCAACUUCACUGAAACUACACAUUGAUGGUGAUAUUGGAUGUUAUGGAGGAUAAUUCAAUUUUAUGACAACUAAAGUCUUGUUUUAUCUGUCAGCAAUAAUAACACUCUACUCACCAAAGUCAAUGACUUUGAGAUCAGGAAACAUGGCCACAUUGCUCUUACGAAGGUCAACAGGGCAAUAAACAUAAGCAGUCAGACCCAAGCGCAACCUCUGUGACUGUAACAAAAGUAACAAAACCUGCAGUUCCUCUAACGGCCACUUGAGGCUGGCUCCAGAAGUGAGUCAAUCUCCAUAAGGCCCAAUAUUAAAAUGUCCAACUUACAGCAGAAAUUUACAGCCUAGUCAUGUUGAUGACAACUGUACGGGGAUGAAUUUUUAUACAACUCACCUCUGUAAAUUGUAUCAAGGUGCAUAAUAAUGGCGUGGCAGCAGAGGGACAGGUGGGUGUUUUCACAGGUGGCUGUUUUCAGUAACCAGGCUUCUUUCAGCAUCAGCUCCACCCACUUUCCAUUGUUUGGCCUAUUUGUGGGUUUGCUGGGAGCCAGCAGAGUUAAAACUGCCAAGAUGGCGACAGCCAGACCCAACCAAACUGAGAUUCACAACGGCUCUUCAGAAACCUAUGGGGGACUACAUCCAUUUUUAAUUAUACAGACCACACAGACAGGUUGGAAGCAAACCAAUAUUUUAUCCAGAUUAUUUAAAUCAAAAGUUACCAACCCUCUAGGACUAGUACUGGGCCCCAGAACAUUUGCUAUCAGGCUGCAAGGAGUAAUAAUUAUGUAUAGCCUAUGUAUAAUGACUGUUUUGAUUACCUUGAUCUUGGGUUAGUCUGUGCUGCAGAUUUCCUCAGCACUCAACCAGCGACAGUAUACUAAUUCUGAACCAGAAUAGGCCAUCUAUAUGUGACAUAUCAUUAAUCCUCUCAGAUUAUUUAUAAAGGUCCACAACAUACCCCUCUCUCUUGCCAUGUUUCCUUCGGACUCAGUUAUCCGUUUACACACUAUAUUCAGUUUUAGGAAUCUAUCUUUAAAAUAUAAAGGUCCACUUAAUAAGUCAACUAAUUUUGUCUAUCAAGGUUGAAGUUACUUCAUGUACUUACUACAUCUUUCAAAAAGUCCCAGAAUUUUGUACACGUCACAUUUUGGAGCGAAAUUCCUUGUUCUCCUCAUACAUUGGUCAGUGUCAUAGGAUUUCUACAGAUGGUAUUAAACCAUCUGGGGGAGAUAUUGGUUUGAUAUGGGUUUAAUAAGUAAAACUAAUGAAUCUAUUUAAUGAAAGUUCAUUGUCCAGAAAGUUCUAUUAAACAACAUGUUGUUGUUUGCUUUUAUCGUCAGGUGUUGCAUGUUUCUGCCGAACUGACCUAGUCCAGUGUAUACACUCAUACUGUCAUCUCUCACAUGUUGUCUGAAUGACUUUUUUGUGAUAUUUCUGAUAUGACUGCGUGUGUACAGUGUCUCUGUAUAUUGGAUUUUUUUGUACCAUACUCCAGUUGGAAUAUAUGUGGCAGUUGGACUUUACAGUAGAGGAGGUGUGGGGCAGCAGCUUCACUGUAUUGCUUGAGUGCAACUGUACACAUUUCUUACCUGGAGUUGUAAAUUGUGUUUGUGUGGUCAAUUUGUUGUUUUUGCUACUAAGAUAAAACAAAAAACUCUUGAGACAGCCGUGUCAUGU